AUGGCCGUUUCCUCUAAGUUCGUUAUUAUCAACACUCUCGAGCUUCUUGGCAGUGGCAACUCUCCUCUUAUUGCCAUAAAUGCCGGCUCCCAACUUCCUUUGAAACUGACCCCUUCCAACUUCCCUUCUUGGCACGCCCAACUGACAUCAUUGCUCAUUGGCUAUGACCUCCAAGGCUAUCAUGAUGGUACCACCAUAUGUCCAUCACGAACCCUUUCUACCAGCACCUCCUCUGCCGGUUCAUCUUCUGCAAGUGUCUUUAAUCCGGCUUUCUGGCAUUGGCUCCGGCAAGAUAAACUGAUCCUUCACGCCAUCCUUGCAUCUCUUUUCAAAUUAUUUAUAUUGCUCAUUGCCACUUCAACCACUACUCAUGAUGCUUGGUCCAAGUUGCAACGAUUUCCUAAAUUUCGUGAGAUUGCAGCGCCUAUUCGGGCACGCGAGACUUCUAUUAAAUUUGAGGAGCUUUAUGACAUGCUGGUUGGCCAUGAAAGUUACUUGCACCUUGUUAAUGCUUCCAAUUCUAUUUUGGUUGCCACUACGAACACCACUCAACACUGUACCACCGCUUCGACAUUCAACCACAACCAAAGUUCCAGCCCUAGUUCCUAUGUUCAGCAUCAUCCCAACUCUAGUCGUUAUAAUCGCAGGGAGCAAUCUGUUCGUAUUCGGUUUCUUAGAAAGCUUGUGACAACCUUCAGGUUUCAAGUGUUACCACAUAGAUUCGAUUGGUUCCGAUUUGGUUCUUUGAGGGCCUAUGACAACCCUGGAUCUCCAAUUGGAUCCGUAGAGUAG